CAGCAUGAUAAGGAGGAGCAAUCGUCAAAACACUUGAUUUAAUUGGCUUUCAAUAACUGUCAUUUCUCAUCAGCAAUGGUUACACACGGAUUGCAUUUGUAUCGCAUUACUAGAAAUUGCUAAAAGAUAUUCUGCAAUAACACAUAGAAUACGAUGCAUUCCUAUACAUAGUUGUAAAGGAAAGUCGCGAAUCCCGAGAAUUUUUACAUUGAUAGUAUGAGCUGCUCAGAAUUAAUGUACCAAUUUUAUCCGUCUGCUGUUCCGCAUCGGACUGUGCCUGAAUCAUUGAGAUAUGGUUCCCAGACACUGGAUUAUACACCACACACCGGAAGUUAUCCGUAUUUAGGAGACUCUCGGACUGUUAGCAAAAGGGAAGUUACGGAAAGUGCAACGUACGAUCCGGAAUCAGAACCAAGAGGUUCUCAAUAUUUAAAUGCAAACUGUUUAUUAUUAACUUAUUUCCAUGGUGACACUUCUACAGUUGUUGAUGAACAUUUUUCUAGAGCAUUAAGUCAACCAAGUAGUUUUUCUAGCGACAGAAAUGGAAAUCCGUCAUUGAAUACGAAACGGCAACAAGACACUAAUUUAAUGUGCAACAGAAAACUCCCGCCUUCAUUUUGGAUAAGUGAUUAUCAACCUCCAAGACCUGCCUACGGAUCACAAGAUUUUUCUAGAGACUUGUAUUCUGCCUCAUCAUGGUAUAACUGGCCAUACCAUUUCCCGCCAUCUUCAUAUCCGAGUGGUUCCGAAUUUUCCCGUCCGUUUCCAUAUUCACCUCUAGAUCCAAUGAGUAAAUUGAGUCCAACAUACCAGUCACUAAUGUUACGGAGUGGGUUUGAAUCAAGGAACUCUAAAUAUGAUAGGACAAAAAUCCCGGAAUCAUUAUCCAGCCCGAGUAGUUACUAUGGUUUAAGAUUAGGAGCUGACCUGUCGUCUGCAAAUAUGAACUUUGAACCAUCAACGCCUGGGCUGGAUUAUUCCUUACAGACGAUGAGAAAAGAGCUUUGCUGGUGACAGUGACGUUGUUUGUGUGUGCAUGUGUGUGUGUGGAAGAGAGAGAGAGAGAGAGAGAGAGAGAGAGAGAGAAAGAGAGAGAGAGAGAGAGUACUUGCUGAUUGAAGGACUGAUAGAGAGAUGGAGGGAUGGAAAUGUAAGGAAUAUGAUGAAAGAGAAUAAGAGAGAAAUAUUUCUUGUGUCAAAUGUAUAUGUAAAUAAAGAA